ACCAACCAAACCAAACCAAACCAAAAUUCAUUCAUUAUGGAUCCCAUGGAGUUUGAAGCGGCGGAGGCUUUGGCCGGAUUAGCUCGUCUUCCUGCCUCCAAUUCGGUUUCCAGAGGUAGCGAAUCGGUGUUGAAUGAUCGUAACUCGUGUUCCGGUGACUCUUAUCCGGAGGUGGCAACUAGUUUUAUGGUGAAAAAAUCAAACAAAUCCGGUGUCUCGACCGCAAAAUCAGUCAAGGAUGAACACAGCACUGAUCUUAGACUGAAUCCUGCUCAUCCCACAAAUUGUGCACCAAGUGGGAGGAAAUCUAGACAAAACUUAACAGAGGCUGAAGUGGAAGCACGUAAAAUACGCAGGGUGCUAGCGAACCGAGAGUCAGCUCGACAAACUAUCCGUAGGAGACAGGCGGUUUUCGAGGAGCUAACAAGAAAGGCGGCCGAUCUAUCUUGGGAUAAUGAGAAUUUGAAAAGGGAAAAGGACACGGCUUCAAAACGUUUAGGCUCUUUGAAGGCGAAGAACGAAUGCUUAAAAGCACAGAUGAAGAUGAUGUAUAAUGAAGCUAAAGAGAACCAAGAAGAGUCCAUCACCACGAACGAACCGAGCAUGUCCGCAUCAUCCGCAAACUCUCCAUCUCUCAAUUACAUCCAACCAUCCUUCCUGCCAUUUGUAUGGCCAAAUUCUGUGCAGUUACCGCCAGCCGGAAUAGUUAUACCGUCCCAUAUCCCAGUCACACCAGCCAUUGUCAAUAAGCCCGAUUUGUCAUCUUGUGAGGGGAGUUCCGGGCGGGGGACUCCACUGUAUUUACUCCCAUACCCUUGGCUUUUUACCCUACCACAAAGCGGUGGUAAUGAAAACCGCGCUAAUUCUUUCAAUCUAAAUGACAAACCAAGAGAGUCUUGCGAAUGUCAACAAUUCUUCCCGGAAAAGACGUCAGAAACACCUGCAAAUGGCGGUUUCCCACCAGAUGGUGGUGGUCGAGCGACAACAAACCUUUUGUGUGCUCAGGUGAAAGAUCACUAGGUGACAUUGCUGCAGCAGCCGAGGCCCGGAGGAAACGAAAACAGCUCACGAGGCUAAAGAACCACCUUCAUUUCCGCCAACUAAGGACGCACUAAAGAAACUCGAACCUAGCGCUUUGGUUACGGAUGAGUGGUGGUUUUGUUGCUUGUCAUUGUGACUUAUGUAUAUAUAUACCAAUGAAGAUAGUGGACUAACAGUAUAGAGGCUUGAUCUGUAAGUGCUAGGUACCGAGAAUGGUCACUUGUUGGUCUAAUAAGCGGAUUGUUUCGGGUUGGUGGGUUCAGGUUCAGUGAUCAACCCAUACCGUGAACAUCUGGUGUUUGUAAUCAUGCUUUUAGAAAUACUAUGAUCCGCCAUGGACCUUCUCUUAUCAUGAGAAGUGGUUUACUGUUGGUUUGUCGAAAUUUCAGUUCAUAAAAAUCUUAAUAAUCAGGGAUUGACACCUGAACCCAUCCGAGGACCUAAAACCCGAAA